AUGGCAGUUCUACAUAGCUUCUUGACCGCCAUCACGGCAUGCGCUGCUUUUAUUGCAGUGUACACAGUAUCAUGCAUCUUCUACAACCUUUUCCUCCAUCCACUUCGGCACUACCCAGGGCCGAUUUCCAUGAGAGCGACAAGAUGGGCUUUCUGCCACAGACUCAUCAAGGGCGCCCUUCCUAUGGACGUCUUGGAACUUCACAAGAAAUACGGAGACGUAGUCCGCGUCGCUCCAGACGAACUGGCUUAUUGCAACGUCAACGCUUGGAAAGACAUCAUGGGCCACCGGUCCGCAGGCUCGCCAACGUUCGAAAAAGCCCCAAAAUUCUACCGCCCGACGGCCGAGCAGCCCAUCAACAUCGUCAACACGAACGGCGCGGAGCACGCGAUGCUAAGACGGCAACUAUCACACGGCUUUAGCGAGCGAAGUCUUCGCGACCAGCAGCCCCUGAUCAUGAAGUACGUGGAUCUCAUGAUCCAGCGCCUACACGAGCAUUGUUCCGGCGAAGAACCCGUUGACUUGAUGUCGUGGUAUAACUUUACGACGUUUGAUAUCAUUGGGGAUCUGGCGUUUGGUGAACCGUUUGGGUGCUUGGAGAAGUCGGAGUACCACCCGUGGGUGAAGGCUAUCUUCCAGUCGGCUCGCCUUGGUGUAUUCGCGCAGACCGCAGGUCAUUUUCCCUUCCUGAAGAAGAUCAUCUUCACGCUUUUGGCGACGAAGGCGGCGAAGAAGGCUAGAGGCGAGAAUUUGGCUAGGGCCAAGGCCAAGUUGGAGAGGCGUAUGGAGCUCGGCAAGAAGGAGGGUGGCAGGCCUGAUUUGAUUGAGGGCUUGUUGAAGAAGAAGGACGAACUGAAUAUCUCGUUCGAGACGCUUGCAGCAAACAGCAACACGCUCAUCAUUGGGGGUUCUGAAACGACAGCGACAUUACUGGCUGGAGUUACCUACUACCUCCUCAUGAAUAGGGAUUGUCUGGCCAAACUUACGGAUGAGGUACGAUCAUCUUUCAAGACGGAAGAGGAGAUCAAUCUAGUAUCUGUCAACAAGUUGACCUACAUGCUCGCUUGCCUGGAUGAAGCGCUCAGAGUCUACCCUCCAGUCUCCAUGGGCCUCCCAAGAGUCACACCCAAGGGUGGAGCGACUAUCUGCGGAAAUUUCGUGCCUGAGAACACUAUUGUUGCGAUUCACCAGUGGGCCAUAAACCACAACGAGCAGUACUUCAAAGACCCGUACGGAUUUCACCCCGAGAGAUUCAUGGGAGAUGAGAAAUUCGCAUCGGAUAACAGGGAAGCUUUCCAACCUUUCCACAUCGGCUCACGGAAUUGCUUGGGGCGGAAUCUGGCCUAUGUUGAAAUGAGACUUAUUCUGGCUCGCCUUAUUUGGAACUUUGACAUUGAAAUUGACGAGGACUACAAAGACUGGGCCAAGAAGCAGCAGGUCUUCAUCUUGUGGGAUAAAGGCCCCUUGAAGGCGCGCUUGACACCAAUCUUUCGUGAAAUUACGCUGACCAGCUCAUCCCUGAUGUUUUCCUCAACUCAACGCGGCGUGACCAUCGUAAAGCGGCUGUCAUCAAUCCGCGCAAGUCCUCAAUCUGAGCACAGAAGAAAGUCACCCGGCUCUGCUAUCAUUGAGUUAUCUCAAGAGGUUGUCAUGUCUGCCUCAGCAAGAACUUGGCGCGACAGCGCGUACCUCGUCAUCUCUGGCAUACAGCUGACGGCGAUGCUUUUGGUCGACCUCGUCCCAUUCUACCCAUCAGCUCUCUACGCGGCACCCUCAUCCCCAUUACACUUCCUCCAAGUCCUCCGCGACUUCUACAUCUCCACGUACAACGACCCCUUCUUCACCGCGUCUCACGAGAACCUCCCCUCGUGGUUCAAGCUCUUCACCUAUAUCGAGAUCGUCUACCAGCUGCCCAUGGCUGCCUGGAUGGUCUACAGGUUCUCGAGAAAUACUGGCACAACUGCCGGGUUCGAACUCGCCGUGCUCGUCUUCUGUGUCGAGUGCGCCCUCACGACCUUGACCUGCAUCUACGACGUCUUCCACUGGGAUCCUGCCGUGUACAGCCAGGCUCAGAAGAACGUCUUUGUCUUCAACCUCUACGGCCCAUGGGCGGUCAUCCCGGCGCUGAUGGGACUGGACAUGUGGCUGCGCAUUUUGAAGCGGGUGAACACCGCAGACAGCACCAAGAAGUUGCAGUAA